AUGGACGAUGCUAACGAGGAUCUUUGUGCCCGUGUGAAAGCAGUAAGCCUGGAGAAAUACCGCGGCAAGGGUCUCAUCAGCAUCCACUUUGACAUGGAAAAGGGUAGAGCCGUAUUUUUCACCACCCAGGCGAUUGGCCCGAAGGAGAUUUGCGGGGUGUUCUUCGAUUGCGGCUGUGAAGUCGUGUCGCAAGUCGUCAGGAUUGAUGGUGUGGAAGAGCGUUUUGCAAUGUACGCAAGUGAGCGCGAGCAACGCGUCGAAAAGAACGUGAUGCCCUUGCCGGACUACCUUGACGAACAUCCCACCAAUUUCGACCCGUCCAGCACCCUGGUCCCCAAGGAACAUGCCGAGCGCAACGGUUGGAUAUCGUCGGUGGCCAGCUACGUGAAAUGGUGG